AUGUACCUUCAAAAGGUGAACGGUCAGUCUGCAGGGGGAGGACCAGGAGCCACCGGCACAGCAAGGUCUCGCUCAACCCUGAACGGUCCCCGUCCCCCCAACUUUGGAUCCAAAGUCAGCAGCCGAAAGAUCUUUCAGGAUGGUAAUGGCGCCUCCCCUUCGAUGUCACCGUCUUCGCCCAUUACCCCAACAACCACUGCCCAUAUCGAGAGUGCAGUCAAGACCUUGGGUCUUUCCUCGGCACCCAGUCAUCCUUCGAACCACCAGGCUGCUGCUGCUCGUGUCCCAAGUCCGAUCUUGGAAUCGAUGGGGGAAUCUGGACCACCACCUGCUCCGGUGAUCAUGGAAUCCAUGGGUUCGGAUGACUAUGGUCCGCCAGAUAACCAUAUGCUUCAGCAGCAGUUUGGAGGAAUGGCGAAUGGUCCUUCGUCGCAGCAUUAUGCAACUAUCACGGGGUUUGUGGGAGGGGCUGGACAAAAUUGGCCGGGCAAUGGAUAUGGACCUGGACCACAUCCACAUUCUCAUACUCAUCCACAACACCACACAGUCGGAUAUGGUUCACAGACCAUCGGCCCAGGAGGGUACUAUCCCAACGGCAACCAUAGCCACAACAGUAAUUAUUACGACCCUAAUCUCCAGCAUCAACCACAACAGCAACAGCAGCAACCUCAGUACCCUGUCCACUUCAGUCAAGAACAAUACUUGCAGCUUCAACAACAGCAAUAUCAGCAGCAGCAGGAGUAUCUUCGACAGAAGCACAGCCAGAAUGCUGCAGUCCUUGGAUACUACCCUACCAAUGCAACAGCCUCAGGGCACAUGCAAAUUCCAGGGACUACUCCUGUCCUUGCUCAGCCUGUGCCAACACCUGCGACUAUUUCAAAGACAAUCACCCCUCGAAUCGUUCCUAUUGUUGACAUCCCCAAGUACACGACCGUCAAUCCGCCCAAGACCGAGAUCGAGACUCUGAACGACGAACAGGACAACGGCGAUUGGGCUCCUGAACCUCCACCUCGGGAUCCUCCCAAGAAGUCUCCUAUCGUCGCCGUUGCUGCUGCUGUGGACAAGCCAAUGCCCAAGCCGCCCUCUCCACCACGCACUCCUAUUGAUACUAUCUUCUUGCCCGAUCGAUCUCCUACCCCAAAGAUCUCGAUUCCUCCAAAGUCGGUCAAUUCCGAGAUCUAUCCUACUUCUGCUUCUGCCUCGAGUGCUGCUGCCGAUUCACCUCGAUCCAAGCUAUCCUCCCAUCCAACCACACAUAUCGUGUCGGAUACACCAGGCUUUGGGGAUGAGGUCUCGCAGGAGGACAGGAUACCGAUGCCGCCUCCACGCGAGUUCCGGCGGAAGAGCACUGCUUCACCCACCAUUACCCCGCCUUUGGCCAUGAGCGAUCGAACGACUUCAAGUGGGAUCUUCAGUCUGGGACCCACUUCCAGCACUACCUCAGUGAGCUCGUCCACUUUUGCUCGACCAGACAGUGCGUCUUCGACUACCGGUAGUAGCUUCAGGGCCAAGGCCACCACUCCUACCCCAGGAACUGUGCGCGCCAACUCUGCAAAGUUCAAUGCUAUGGCUGCCUCAGGAAACAGCAAUUCUAAUCCAGCGGCAGUUUUUUCCAAGGGUGCUGGUUCGAUUAUCGGGUCUUCCGACGCGACCGCAAAGGGCACUGGUUCAUCGAGCCCUACGACCAGGAGAUCGCUCGACCUCCCUGCAUCUUCAUCGUCAUCGUUCUCAUCGAAUUCUUCUUCUUCCACCAAGACUCAUUCGAUCGUUAUUCCACCAGAGGUGUAUGCCGACAAGGAGCUCCCACCCAUCCGAUCAGCAACACCGCAGUCUCGAUCAUCAACGCCCAGAGUCCAGGAGCCCGUCCCAGUCGACUAUGACAGCAAGUGUAUCCUAACAGAGGAGGACAAGCUGGCAAUGAUCCCGAGGGCAGAUGACGAGUCCAAGGAGAUAUUAGUCGAGCAUGAGGAGGAGCCUACACCAGUACCUGUGGUCGCAGCACCCAAACCAGUCACUCCUCCGACCAAACCAGCUCGUAAUGGCGGAGAUCACCUUGGCGGUGGAUCCAGUCUGUUUGUCUGCGCAAGCUGCGAAGAGCCGAUCUCGGGUACCAUGAUCACGGCAAUGGGCAAACGAUGGCACUCGGACCACUUUGUCUGCUCAGUAUGUGAUCUCAACCUGGAGCACGUCCAAUUCUUCCAUAAGGAUGGCCAGCCCUAUUGCCAUUUCGAUUACCAUGACAAGUUCAGCCCCAAGUGCGGCCACUGCAACACCCCGAUCGAGAACGAAUGUCUGACGGCAUUGGGCAAGAGCUGGCAUCCAGGCCACUUUUUCUGUCGAGACUGCGGCGACCCAUUUGAGGAGGACGGAUACAUGGUCCAUGACGGGUUCCCAUACUGCGAAAAGGACUAUCUCCGUCUUUUCGCUCCAAAGUGCACAGGGUGUCAGGACCCAAUCCAGGGUGACUUUAUCAGCGCAUUGAAGGGGAAAUGGCAUCGCGAUUGCUUUGGCUGCUCCGUGUGCCAUAUUGGGUUCGACGCAACUUCAUAUUAUGUCGAGAACGGCAAACCAUAUUGCAAGGCCCAUUACAAGAAUGGCUCCCGAACGACUUCCACUCCAACCGCCUGA